UGCCUGUCCCUGCCCCUGAGGUAGACACCAUGGACCCACUGAUGGCCGUCCUUUGCCUGCUGCCCCUGUACCCAGGUUUGGCUACAGCUGUGCUUUCCUGCCCCAAGAACGUGAAUAUCUCUGGUGGCAGUUUCACCCUCAGCAACGGCUGGAGCCCUGGGAGUAUCCUCACCUACUCCUGCCCCCUGGGCCAUUACCCAUACCCGGUGGCGACAAGGCUGUGCAAGAGCAACGGACAGUGGCAAAUCCCGAGAUCCACUCGGUUGACAAAGGCAAUCUGCAAACCUGUUCGCUGUCCAGCUCCCGUUUCCUUUGAAAAUGGUGUGUACAUCCCACGGCUGGGGUCCCACCCGGUGGGCGGCAAUCUGACCUUUGAGUGUGAGGAUGGCUUCACCCUGCGGGGCUCAGCUGUUCGGCAGUGUCGCCCCAAUGGCAUGUGGGAUGGCGAGACGGCCGUGUGUGACAAUGGUGCCAGUCACUGCCCCAACCCGGGCAUUUCUGUGGGUGCAGUGCGGACUGGGUCUCGCUUCGGCCUUGGGGACAAGGUCAGAUACCGCUGCUCCUCGAAUCUGGUGCUGACAGGGUCUGCGGAGCGCGAGUGCCAGGAUGACGGGGUCUGGAGUGGGACGGAGGCCAUUUGCCGCCAGCCCUACUCCUACGACUUUCCUGAGGAUGUGGCCCCCGCCCUGGGCACCUCCUUCUCCCACUUACUUGCAACCACCAAUCCCAUCCAGCAGAAGAAAAAUAACUUGGGUCGCAAAAUACAAAUCCAGCGUUCCGGUCACCUGAACCUCUACCUGCUCCUGGACGCCUCUCAGAGUGUGUCCAAAGAUGACUUCGAAAUCUUCAAGGACAGCGCCUCCCACAUGGUGGACAGGAUCUUCAGCUUUGAGAUCAAGGUUAGUGUCGCCAUCAUCACUUUUGCAUCAAAGCCCAAAAUCAUCAUGUCUGUCUUGGAAGACAGAUCCCGGGAUGUGACUGAAGUGGAGAACAGUCUGAGAAAUAUCAACUAUAAAGACCAUGAAAAUGGAACUGGGACCAACAUCUACGAGGCCCUCCAUGCUGUCUAUAUAAUGAUGAAUAACCAAAUGAAUCGGCUCCGUAUGAACCCAGUGGCCUGGCAGGAAAUCCGACAUGCCAUCAUCCUUCUGACAGAUGGAAAGUCCAACAUGGGCGGCUCUCCCAAGGUGGCUGUUGACAAUAUCAAAGAAGUCUUGAACAUCAACCAGAAGAGGAAAGACUUUUUGGACAUCUAUGCCAUUGGUGUGGGCAGCCUACAAGUGGACUGGAAAGAAUUGAAUAACCUGGGGUCCAAGAAGGACGGCGAGAGGCAUGCCUUCAUUCUGAAGGAUGUGCAGGCGCUGAGCCAGGUCUUCGAGCACAUGCUGGACAUCUCCCAGCUCACAGACCCCAUCUGUGGGGUAGGGAACAUGUCUGCCAAUGCCUCUGCCCAGGAGAGGACACCCUGGCACGUCACUAUUAAGCCCAAGAGCCAGGAGACCUGCCGGGGGGCCCUCAUCUCCGACCAGUGGGUCCUGACAGCCGCUCACUGCUUAAGCAAUGCCGAGGACAGAACACUGUGGAGGGUCAGUGUGGGGGAUCCCAACUUUCAGGGGAGCAGAGAAUUCCAAAUUGAGAAGGCAGAGAUCUCCCCAGGCUUCAAUGUCUUUUCCAAGAAGAAUCAGGGAAUCCCGGAGUUCUAUGGCGAUGACAUUGCUCUGCUAAAGCUGACCCAGAAAGUGAAGAUGUCCACCCAUGCCAGGUGCCGGAAUCUGGGAUGGGAGGGCACCCUCUAUAGGGGAGGGUGUCCUGGGGAGCCCUGGAGGAGGGGCCACCAAGGAUGGGCCUCUGUGACCCUGGUCCUUCUCCUCAGGCCUAUCUGCCUCCCCUGCACGGUGGGGGCCAACCUGGCUCUGCGGAGACUCCCAGGCAGUACCUGCCGAGACCACGAGAAGGAGCUUCUGAACCAAGUGAGCAUUCCUGCUCAUUUUGUGGCUUUGAACGGGGAUAAGCUGAAUAUUAACCUCAAGACAGGGUCAGAGUGGAUAAACUGUGUCAAGGUUGUCUCCAAAGACAAAACCACGUUCCCCAACCUGACAGAUGUCAGAGAGGUGGUGACAGACCAGUUCCUAUGCAGCGGGACCCAGGGGGACGACAGUCCCUGCAAGGGAGAAUCCGGGGGAGCAGUUUUCCUUGAGCGGAGACUCAGGUUUUUUCAGGUGGGCCUGGUGAGCUGGGGUCUCUACAACCCCUGUGGCCACUCCAGUAAGAACUCCCGCAAACCUGCGCCCCAUGGCAAGGUCCCGCGAGAUUUCCACAUCAACCUCUUCCGCCUGCAGCCCUGGCUCAGGCAGCAUCUGGAAGGCAUCCUGAACUUUGUGCCCCUCUAAUCUUGGCCACAGAGCCCUCUGCUGACCUGCCAGGACCUGCUGUCUCUCCAGUCUCCUACCUCUGAAUACCACCCUCAGCCUCCAUGACCCAUCCGCAGUCCUUGCUCUGAACACAUCCCCUUCUCCAGGGUCCUGGGGCAGAGGCACAUCCACGCUAGGGAAUCCCCGGCACUCCUGCCAGCGCUGAGCCCGCCCUCUGCUGUACUUGGCUCACUCUCCUUUCCUUACACAGGAAA